AUCUGACUACAAUGACCAGUUGCAUACCUUAUCCUUAUCCCCACUAGAGAUAUUCAGACCACAAGCUCUGCACCAGCGUCUCCUCCCGACAAUGGCGACUCUCCAUUUCCUUCAAACGCCGAAAAUCUCUCUCCCAAAACCCUAUAACUCAAAACCCAUCUCGGUUCCUCUGCAAAUUCCGUUUAUGCGAGCGGAUCACCGUAAAUCAUUGACCGGAGGCUUUGUGGCUCGGUCGUUCAAGGUGGUGGUGGAGCACGACGGCGCAACGACGGAGCUGGAGGUUGAACCGGACGAGACGAUCCUGUCGAAGGCCCUUGACACGGGCCUUGAUGUCCCUCACGACUGCAAGCUCGGCGUCUGCAUGACUUGUCCGGCGAAGCUGGUCGACGGAACCGUUGACCAGAGCGAAGGCAUGCUCAGCGACGACGUCGUAGCGCGUGGUUAUACGCUCCUCUGCGUGUCGUAUCCGACAUCGGACUGUCGUAUUAAGACCAUCCCCGAGGACGAACUCCUGUCUCUGCAGCUUGCUACAGCCAACGACUGAGGAAGAACACGAAGAAGGGUCUUUUUUAUGUAAUGUACGCUGGUUUUAUGGGUUCUUUUGUUGCCGUUUGAUGUCUGGAGAGAGCUUGAUUAGAGGGUUUGUCUGAUUCAGACAGAAUGCUGUUUCCAACGAUAUAAAGUUAGAGUCUUGAUUUAUGAAUUCGAAUGCGAGAUGGGUUAUGCAAUGUAAUGGCGGGAAACAACUAUAAACCAAAACCCAGAUCAAAUUUUGUC